AAAGAAAGAAAGUUUCAACCUCUUGUAUGGUGUAAUACCAAGGCGUCGUCUAAGCAAUUAGUUCAUCCCAUGGUCAAAACUCCAAUUUACCCUAUUCAUGCUAAUAAACCUUUUUACGGAUUGGAAACAUCAAACUCCGAGCGAAGGUCUCCCUCCCCCCUCUCUCAUUCAACAUCACGUGUGCUUUGUGUUUUUUUCUCGUUUCAGGAUUCGCGCAUUGGCCUAAAACAAAACAUUUAUCGAAACGUAUUCAAAGUUAAAUUCACCAGUUCAUCAAUAUAUAAAUCCAAAUCCCAUCCCAUGUGGGAGGUAAUGUUUAUAUUUUAGUCUCCUUCCAUUUUUGCUCGAUAGGUUCACUUGUGGAAGUCUGAAUAUCGCUUGAGGGUCCUCAUCUAUUUCCCGCUCUUCGAACUACCUCAAAUCAAAGAUCAUGGCACCAAAACAACCCCAAAAACCAUCACCAACCUCCUCCAAAACAUCGAAUACUAAAACUAUAAAUGAUGAACAAUUACAAUCAUUUACUCAAGAGAACUUUGAAAAGGAACUUAAAGCUUUAGCUUCAAAAGCUCAAGAAGAGACUACAACCAGGUUUCUCAUAUCUCAACUUUGGAUCUUGGCUAAAUCAGCUACCCUUCUUUCACUCGCUGCCAUAUAUUCAAAUGUUUCUCAACUCGCACUUUCUCCAGUUUAUGGAUCAUAUCCAGCUGGAAAAUGGCAUUCGAAAGGAGUCAUGACAGCUUGCUUCUUGGGCUGGUCAUCAAAUCUAUUCAUUAGACGUUAUCUUCCAAUCAGGAAACCAGCCCAACUUCUUCCCAUUAUCGCGGCCUAUAUCCCAGCGGUCCAGUAUUUACUCUUCAAUUUAAGCGGUCUCAUGAGAGCUAACUUUGGACCUCCUAUUACCGAAGGUCUCACAUUUCUCCCUUUACUCAUCCUUUCCGCCUCGUGUACGGCCACUACAUUGGACGAUUUGGAACUCACAUCUGGUCGAUGGCCUUGGAUUUCCGAUGCAGCACCAGGUAUGAUAUCAUAUGCUUUCUUCAAAACUGUUGAAUAUGUAUCUGCAAAUCAAAUUUCCAUAUAUAUAGGCCAAUCCUUCAUCUUCACACGUCUUGGAAUGGAAAUUGUCCUCCAAGCUUUAUAUGCCGUCUUCGCCCCUUCGAAACUCCUUCUUUGGAUAUUCCCAGCGGUAAUUCAUACCGCGUUAUUUAACGUACAUGUUCCCACGCCAUAUGCUCUAAAUAGACUUAAUACUACCAUGAGUUCUCAUGGCUGGUCGAUCCUUGAUCGAAAAGAAUCUUUAACCGGAUAUAUUUCUGUUAUUGAAACUUCGACGAUAAAUGGUGGAUUCCGUGCUAUGCGCUGUGAUCAUAGUCUGUUAGGAGGAGAAUGGUUGGUUGAUGGGAAGAAAGCUAAAGGGAUCCCUGAACCUAUUUAUGGAAUCUUUGUAAUGCUAGAGGCAGUACGUCUGGUUGAAGUGGAGAACCCGAUCAAGGACGAGGAUGCUAGUGCAUUGGUCAUGUGAGUUUCCCAAGAUCUUUUCAAAUCUUCUUCUUACUGAUAUGAAAUAGUGGUCUCGGUGUUGGUACCACACCGGCUGCUCUGGUAUCUCAUGGAAUCCAUACUACUUUGGUAGAGAUUGAUCCUGUUGUGGUAGAUUUUGCUCGUGAAUAUUUCUCUCUUCCUGAGCCUCAAGAAACUAUCAUUGAUGAUGCGGUAUCUGUCGCAUCAAAUUUCGCUGCUCAAGGGAAGAAGUUCAAUUAUAUCGUUCACGAUGUAUUUACAGGUGGAGCUGAACCUGUUGAACUAUUUACAUAUGAGUUCCUGAAGGAUCUUUAUGAUAUCCUAGAACCGGGCGGUGUUAUUGCUAUUGUAUGUUUUCUUGUUUUACGCAACUUUCUUAAUUCCCGUACUAAUAAUCCCCUAGAAUUACGCUGGAGACUUCGUUCUCCCUCCUUUCCUAAUCAUCCAUCGCACAAUCCGCUCAUUAUUCCCCACCUGCCGCAUCUACCGCGAAGCCGAAGCUCCAACAGAUGAAUACAUUGCAGCAACAGGACAAGAUUUCACAAAUAUGGUAAUCUUCUGCACCAAACCUCUUUCCGAAACACAUGAAAUCAAAGACUUUGAAUCUUCUGUAAAACCAUCAAUCACAUUCCGUGAACCAGUAGAGAAAGAUUUCUUAGAAUGUAACUCGAGAAGAGAAUACCUAUUACCCAAGUGGGAAAUAAGUGAGGAUGAAUUGAGAAGAGGACAAGAGAAGGGAGAGGAAGAAUUCUCGGGAGUUUUGAGGAGGAAUGAGACAGGAAGGUUAAUGGAGUGGCAGGUUAAGAGUGCGGUGGGUCAUUGGGGAGUUAUGAGGGAGGUUUUGCCGGGUGGUGCUUGGAUUGAUUGGUAACUUGGCCUUUUGAUGGAUAAAGUAUUGGAGACGGAAGGAAGGGGGUUUUAUAUUGAGUAUUAAGGAUUGGGUAUUGUGUAUUGUGUAUGUGUAUUAGAUAUAAUGGAGAUGGUGAAAGGGAAUUCAUAAAUGGAAGGAAUCUGAUAUUUUGAAUGCUAUGUCUAAAAUUUAGUAAUGAAAUAUAUGUAUAUGUAUAACAGAAAUUACACUAUUAUAUAUCUUAUGACUCUUAGUAUCCUUCACUCCUGCAUUAGUGAGGAAGAGGAAUAUAAUCAGGUCUAAUAGGAUUUGGACUUGAGCUGAUCAUGAGAGUAUGUACG